AUGAAAAUCAUUACAUUUCUUUUUAUAAACGUGUUAGGAUUUGAAUUAAAAGCAGCUUUUUAUUCUAAUGUAUUCUCAAAAUACAUCAAUUUAUUUGAUUUAGAUUUAAAUGAAGGCAUUGAAUGUUCAAAAAUGGAAGAAAUUGUUGAUUUUAUAUUAGAAAAGGGCAGGAUCAAAACGCAAGAGCCUUACUGGUGUUCAAAGUAUUAUAGUUCAGGGGAUAAUACUGAAAAAGAAUCUUUAAUGAAACAAGCCCAUGAUAUUGCAAGUGCUACAUUUACAAAACCUGUCACUAAAAUUAUAUUUGUAGUAAAUGACAGGCUAGUGAUAGAAAAAGAUUUGCCGAUCUUAAGAAUGUUAUUUAGAAUUAUCGAGUGUAAGAAAGAUAAUUGGAAUUGUAUUUAUAGGCUGAAUGAAAAAAUUAGAAUUUAUAAAAAGUACAUAGAUUCUCAUAAUCUUAGUCGUCUUGAAAGAAUUGUUCCAACAAGAGAGAGUUAUAUUAAAUUUCGCGAUGCAUGUAAUGAAUUAAAACAUUAUGAGGAUCAACCUGUACUAGCUCUUACUAAACAAGCAAUAUGUUUUUAUAUUAAGGAUGAUCCAAAAAUUACUGAUGAAGAUUUAAAUAAUUUUUUACAACAAGAUGAUGAUCUUAUUUUUGAAUGUAGUGAAAAGAUCAAAGAAGCCCUACAAAAUGUUAAAUCUUUUUGUGGAGAUAUGGUUAUAUUUGGAGAAAAGUAUCUUGAUUUUACUGACUAUCUACAUUAA